ACCAGUCCUAGCAGCGUAGCAUAGUUUGUGGUAGCAUAGGUACUCGAAGGAACAAUUGAAGCUGCCUAUUACGCCACUAAAAGAAAUUAAAAUUAGCAACCUAUUCACUAAAAACUGGAAAAUGUUAUAGGAAUUAAAAAGCUAUGACCUCCUUGUGAGUGUAGUGUUCUGUGGCUAUGACUACUCAGUACAAGAAAUUCACUAGACUAAUAGCAAAGUGGCCUCUCGACACCAAUAAAGGCGACAGAGACCUUGGUAAAUUUAUCAGACACAAAGUCAAAGAAGCGUUCGACCCAUCUGCUAAGCAAAAUCUAGACACCGAGCUUUGUAAUCGACAAUAUAAUUCCCUAAACAGACUCGCCGAUAACCACUAUAAAAACAAAUACAAGAGAACCAUUACCAGCACAGCGACUGGGCUAAGUGUUGAAGAGUGCAAUCUCAUCCUAUCUAAUGAGGUUUUAACUUAUUUGAAAGAAGAAAAUAAGGCCUUGUUCACCCGACAAAUGUCUAAGCAACAUAUAGAAUAUAAAGAUCACAGCCCAGUAAUGCUCAAUGAGGCUAUACAAUAUUUGAAUCCCCAAGACAAUGAAUUGUACAUUGAUAUGACAUUUGGAGGCGGGGGACAUGCGAGGAAAAUACUUGAAACUGCAAACUGCCGACUCAUAACCUUAGACAGAGACCCAACAGUGUAUGACAAGGCACAGAAAUUAGCUAAAGAGUAUCCAGGCAGAGUUACACCAUUAUUGGGUAAAUUUAGUGAACUGCCACAGCUUUUGAAAAGUAAAAACAUCAGUCAAACUUCAAUUGAUGGAAUUUUGUUUGAUUUUGGCUGCUCCUCCAUGCAAAUGGACAAUGGAGCAAGAGGCUUUUCAAUUAGCAAAAAUGGUUACUUAGAUAUGCGCAUGGAUGCAGGAAGGGAUCCAAAUCAAAUAACAGCCAGAGAAGUUUUAGCUACGGCUAAUGAACAAGAACUGUACAAAAUAUUUAAGAUCUAUGGAGAAGAGAAAAAAGCAGCAAAAAUUGCUCAAACUAUCAUACAAGCCCGAUACAUGAUAAAGAAUAUAGAGACUACACAAGAAUUGGUGGAUGUGGUGAACUCGUGUUGCCCUGAUGAGAUCCGAUUAGAUAAGCUACAAAGGCCACAGUCAAAUGCUACAAAAGUAUUCCAAGCUCUAAGAAUUUUUGUAAAUAAUGAACUCAAUGAAAUCAACUAUGGCAUGGUCUUAGCUAAGUAUUAUUUAAAAAUUAAUAGCCGAUUGGUCACAAUUUGCUUCCACUCUCUUGAAGAUAGAAUAGUAAAGCGUCAUAUAGCAGGCAACAUUUUAAAUGAGGUUGCAAAUCCUGUACCAUUAAAAUAUCUUAGUCCCACAUUAGUGCAGGAUCAGGAUACAAUAGAUAAUUUUCUGGAUACGCCAUGGAACCCUCUCAAUAAACAUGUUCAAAUUCCUUCAGAGGAAGAAGUGGACCGGAAUCCAAGGAGCCGGAGUGCCAGAUUACGAGCAGCCAUAAAGAUCAAAUAAUUGUGUACAUGUAGUAGCUUAGUCUAAUAAACAGAUAUUAGUGUAAUGUUAUUUGGUUUGAUUUUCAUCACGUUUCCUUCCUUUGUUCUUCAGCUCCUUUGUGCCUUGAAAGCAGUAGUCCCACUAUUGAAAAUAAAGAUUAGUUUUAGAAAAAAAACAAUUAAUGCACAAUUAUGACUUUUAUUGAUCCUCUUAUUUUUGAAUAUGGUAUUUCUAAGACUAAUUUACACUAUGUAUAACUAGGACUUUGACCCUACAGUUAUGGUUUCAUCCCACUACAAGAGGAUGCUCUUUAUACAAGAC